AUGGUCGGGCGGGCGGCGUGUUGUCAUCUGCCGAGCGACGGCCGGAGGCGGCGGCGUCGGCCCCGGCGGGGCGUUUGGUUUCGGUUUGGCCCUGACUGGAGUUAGUGUUGACGGCCGAAAUGGGAGUCCCCAAGUUUUACCGCUGGAUCUCGGAGCGGUAUCCCUGCCUCAGCGAGGUGGUGAAAGAGCAUCAGAUUCCUGAAUUUGACAACUUAUACCUGGAUAUGAAUGGAAUUAUACAUCAGUGUUCCCAUCCUAAUGAUGAUGAUGUUCACUUCAGAAUUUCAGAUGAUAAAAUCUUUACUGAUAUUUUUCACUACUUGGAGGUGUUAUUUCGAAUUAUUAAACCUAGGAAAGUGUUCUUUAUGGCUGUUGAUGGUGUGGCUCCUCGAGCAAAAAUGAACCAGCAGCGUGGGAGGCGUUUUAGGUCAGCAAAGGAGGCAGAAGACAAAAUUAAAAAGGCAAUAGAAAAAGGAGAAACUCUUCCUACAGAGGCCAGAUUUGAUUCUAACUGUAUUACACCAGGGACAGAAUUCAUGGCCAGGUUACAUGAACAUCUGAAGUAUUUUGUAAAUAUGAAAAUUUCUACAGACAAGUCGUGGCAAGGAGUUACCAUCUACUUCUCAGGCCAUGAGACUCCCGGAGAAGGAGAGCAUAAAAUCAUGGAAUUUAUCAGAUCCGAGAAAGCAAAGCCAGAUCAUGAUCCAAACACCAGACACUGUCUUUAUGGUUUAGAUGCUGACUUGAUUAUGCUUGGAUUAACAAGUCACGAGGCACAUUUCUCUCUUUUAAGAGAAGAGGUUCGGUUUGGUGGCAAAAAGACACAAAGGGUAUGUGCACCAGAAGAAACCACAUUUCACCUCCUACACUUGUCAUUAAUGAGAGAGUAUAUUGACUAUGAGUUUUCAGUAUUAAAAGACAAGAUCACAUUUAAAUAUGAUAUUGAAAGGAUAAUAGAUGAUUGGAUUUUGAUGGGAUUUCUUGUUGGCAAUGAUUUUAUCCCUCAUCUACCUCAUUUACAUAUUAAUCAUGAUGCACUGCCUCUUCUUUAUGGAACAUAUAUUACCAUCCUGCCAGAACUUGGGGGUUAUAUUAAUGAAAGUGGGCAUCUCAACUUACCUCGAUUUGAGAAAUACCUUGUGAAACUGUCAGAUUUUGAUCGGGAGCACUUCAGUGAAGUUUUUGUGGACCUAAAGUGGUUUGAAAGCAAAGUUGGUAACAAGUACCUCAAUGAAGCAGCAGGUGUUGCAGCAGAAGAAGCCAAGAACUACAAGGAAAAGAAAAAAUCAAAGGAGCAGGAAAACUCCAUAUGUUGGGCUGCUUUAGACAAAAAUGAAGAAGAAGUGGUUACUUCUAAGGAUAAUUUAGAAGAUGAGACUGAAGACGAUGACCUAUUUGAAACCGAGUUUAGACAAUAUAAAAGAACAUAUUACAUGACAAAGAUGGGAGUUGAUAUAGUGUCUGAUGACUUUCUGGCUGAUCAAGCUGCGUGUUAUGUUCAAGCAAUACAGUGGAUUUUGCACUAUUACUAUCAUGGAGUUCAGUCCUGGAGCUGGUAUUAUCCCUACCAUUAUGCACCUUUCCUAUCUGAUAUCCGCAACAUCAGCACACUCAACCUCCAUUUUGAACUAGGAAAACCUUUUAAGCCAUUUGAACAGCUUCUUGCUGUACUUCCAGCAGCUAGCAAAAAUUUACUGCCUACGUGCUAUCAGCAUUUGAUGACCAGUGAAGACUCGCCAAUUAUAGAAUAUUAUCCACCUGAUUUUAAAACUGACCUAAAUGGGAAACAACAGGAAUGGGAAGCUGUGGUACUAAUACCUUUCAUUGAUGAGAAACGAUUGUUGGAAGCCAUGGAGACAUGUAACCACUCCCUCAAAAAAGAAGAGAGGAAAAGAAACCAACAUAGUGAGUGCCUAAUGUACUGGUAUGAUAGAGACACAGAGUUCACCUACCCCUCUCCAUGGCCAGAAAAGUUCCCUGCCAUAGAACGAUGUUGCACAAGGUAUAAAAUGAUAUCAUUAGAUGCUUGGCGUGUAGACAUAAGCAAGAAUAAAAUAACCAGGGUUGACCAGAAGGCAUUGUAUUUCUGUGGAUUUCCUACUCUGAAGCACAUCAAACACAAAUUCUUUUUGAAGAAAAGUGGGGUUCAAGUAUUCCAGCAAAGCAGUCGUGGAGAAAACAUGAUGUUGGAAAUCUUAGUGAACACAGAGUCAGAUGACCUUAGUAUAGAAAAUGUAGCUUCCUCAGUGCUUGGAAAGUCUGUCUUUGUUAACUGGCCUCAUCUCGAAGAAGCUCGAGUUGUUGGUGUAUCAGAUGGAGAAACUAAGUUUUACUUGGAAGAACCUCCAGGAACACAGAAGCUUUAUUUGGGCAGAACUGCCCCGCCAUCUAAAGUGGUCCAUCUGGGAGACAAAGAACAAUCUAACUGGACAAAAGAAGUACAAGGAAUUUCAGAAUUCUACCUGAGAAGAAAAGGAAUAAUAAUAAAUGAAACAUCUGCAGUUGUGUAUGCUCAGUUACUCACAGGUCGUAAAUAUCAAAUAAAUCAAAAUGGUGAAGUUCGUCUAGAGAAACAGUGGUCAAAACAAGUUCUUCCUUUUGUUUAUCAAACUGUUGUCAAGGACAUCCGAGCUUUUGACUCCCGUUUCUCCAAUAUCAAAACACUGGAUGACUUGUUUCCUCCUAGAAGUAUGGUCUUUAUGCUGGGAACCCCCUAUUAUGGCUGCAUUGGAGAAGUUCAGGAUUCAGGGGAUGUGAUUACAGAAGGUAGGAUUCGUGUGGUUUUCAGUAUUCCAUGUGAACCCAAUCUUGAUGCUCUAAUACAGAACCAGCACAAAUAUUCUAUAAAGUACAACCCAGGAUAUGUGUUGGCCAGUCGCCUUGGAGUGAGUGGAUACCUUGUUUCAAGGUUUACAGGAAGUAUUUUUAUUGGAAGAGGAUCUAGGAGAAACCCUCAUGGAGACCAUAAAGCAAAUGUGGGUUUGAAUCUCAAAUUCAACAAAAAAAACGAGGAGGUACCUGGAUAUACUAAGAAAGUUGGAAGUGAAUGGAUGUAUUCAUCUGCAGCGGAACAACUUCUUGCAGAGUACUUAGAGAGAGCUCCAGAAUUAUUUAUUUAUAUAGCCAAAAAUAACCAAGAGGAUGUGUUCUAUGAAGAUGACAUUUGGCCUGGAGAAGAUGAGAAUGGUGCUGAGAAAGUUCAAGAAAUUAUUACGUGGCUAAAGGGACAUCCUGUCAGUACUUUCUCUCGUUCUUCUUGUGAUUUACAAAUUUUGGAUGCAGCUAUUGUUGAGAAAAUUGAAGAAGAAGUUGAAAAAUGCAAGCAAAGAAAGAAUAAUAAGAAGGUGCGAGUGACAGUAAAGCCCCAUUUGCUAUACAGACCUUUAGAACAGCAACAUGGAGUGGUUCCUGAUCGGGAUGCAGAAUUUCGUCUCUUUGACCGUGUUGUUAAUGUGAGAGAGAACUUUUCAGUUCCAGUUGGCCUUCGGGGCACCAUCAUAGGAAUUAAAGGGGCUAAUAGAGAAGCUGAUGUACUAUUUGAAGUAUUAUUUGAUGAAGAAUUUCCUGGAGGCUUAACAAUAAGGUGCUCACCUGGUAGAGGUUAUCGGCUGCCGACAAGUGCCUUGGUGAACCUUUCUCAUGGGAGUCGCUCUGAAACUGGAAAUCAGAAGUUGACAGCUGUUGUGAAACCACAGCCAGCUGUGAAUCACUAUAGCUCAAAUUCAUCAAUUUCAUCUGGGCGUUUGGGAGGCCUGAACCAUUCCCCUCAAUCACUUUUUAUUCCUACUCAAGUAUCUACUAAAGAUGAUGAUGAAUUUUGCAACAUUUGGCAGUCCUUACAGGGAUCUGGAAAAGUUCAACACUUUCAGCCAAUUCUACAAGAUAAGGGUGCAGUUCUACCUCAAGAAAUAAGUCAAGUAACUCAACAUCAUAAAUCUGGCUUUAAUGACAACAGUGUUAAAUGUCAGCAAAGAAAACAUGAGCCUCACAGAAAAUUUAAAGAAGAGUGUAAGAGUCCUAAAAUGGAGAGUCGGUCACAAAAAAUGUCAAAUAAGCAGCAUACCCCUGGAAUUGAGAACUUUUUAGCAUCUUUGAAUAUCUCCAAAGAAAAUGAAGUACAGUCAUCUCAUCGUGAAGAGCCUCCAAGUGAAGAACUUUUGUCACCACAGUCAUUUGCUAUGAAGGGAACACGGAUGCUUAAAGAAAUUCUAAAAAUUGAUGGCUUUGACACUGUGGACCAUAAGAACGAAAUGAAACAGUUUGGUAAUGUUUCCUCUAAUAGAAGAGAUGAAUAUGGAUCUUCCUCACAGCCUAAACCAAAUAAGAAAUUAACAUCUUAUAUGAACAAGUCUCACAGUGCUAGUGAGUACCGUAAUGCGCAGUCAAUGGACAAUGUGUGUUGGCCUCCUCCCAGCCAGAUCCCUCCUGUGUCCACACCAGUCACCGAACUUUCUCGAAUUUGUUCUCUUGUUGGAAUGCCACAGCCAGAUUUCUCCUUUCUUAGAACACCACAGACAAUGACAGUUUGCCAGGUAAAGUUAUCCAAUGGCUUGUUGGUGCAUGGGCCACAGUGCCAUUCUGAAAACGAGGCCAAGGAAAAAGCCGCGCUGUUUGCUUUACAGCACUUGGGCUCCUUAGGAGUUAAUUUCCCUUUGCCUCCACCAAUAAUUCCAAAUUAUCCUCCUGCCGUAUCACCCGGAACCAUUCCUCCAGUUUUUUCCCAGACUACUGGCUGGGAUCACUAUGGAAGCAACUUAGCAUUGGGGGCAGCUAAUAUAAUGCCUCCAUCAUCUCAUCUCUUUGGCUCACUACCAUGGGGACCACCAGUGCCAGUUCCUGGGAAGCCUUUCCAUCAUACUUCAUAUUCUGGGACCGUGCCCAUGGCUGGGGGAAUGCCAGGUGGUGUGCACAAUCAGUUUAUACCUCUACAGGUUACUAAAAAGAGGAUUGCAAACAAAAAGAACUUUGAGAAUAAGGAGGCCCAGAGUUCUCAAGCUACCCCCCUUCAGACUAGCCAGCCAGGAUCUUCCGAUGUCACCAAAGUGAUUCCACAGGGGAGUUCAUCAGCUUCCUUAAAGUCCUCUCAGAUCACUCAACCUGCAUCUUCUCAAGUUGAAGCUGCCUCCCAAGGCCGUAGUAUGUCUCACCAUAAGUCAACACCAAGCUCUUCUUCAAGAAGAAAAUCAAGAAAGUUGGCUGUCAAUUUUGGCGUUUCUAAACCUUCUGAAUAAAUUUGGUACUUGGAAUUAAAUUAAUUUCUUUCUUUUCCACACACCUUUUUAUAAAUCCAUAUCUGUGUCUCAAAAAAAUUAGAAUCUGCUAUUUUAAAGUAAUGUUUCAAUUGAAAAUUUUUAAUUUUUUAGUUGUCAGGCACUUUUCAUGCUGUUUAAAAGACUAUCAAAUUGUGCAUCUUAAAUAUGUGCAGUUUGUUUUACAUCAAUUAUACCUCAAUAAAGCUGUAAAAAAAAAAAAAGACUAAAUUAAACCUUGUGUUAAAAUAGUAUCAGUGGACUAAGCAUUAAAAUGUACCACUCUAACUGUUGGCCUCAUCCUUAGAAGCAUCCUGAACUAUGAAUUAGACAUCAUAUUGCAAUAAUAAUAAACAUUUUUUACACUAUCAUUGAGGAAUAAUUAAAUGGAGCAUGAAAAUUUGGCCUCAAGUAUAAUUUACUGAAUGUGGAUUUUAUUUCUCUUUUUAAUGAUGUAACAGAAUUGUCAGGAGAAUGGCUUUUAUUUGUAAGUAUUUUAACUUGUGUUCUGUUGUCUCCGAGGGUCCUCGAGACCUGCCGUGAAUGAUCACACUUGUGGUGGUGCUGCCAGUUCUGCUUUAUCCUAAAUUUGUACCAAAGCAACUUUAGAAUACUGAGCAGAAUAUUUCAUUUAACUGCUUAAAACUAUAAAUAGCAAUCAGAUUUGAGUAAGUAAUUACAAUUUUUUAGAUUCUUCAAGAACCAGCAUUAGUAAUUUCUAAUAAAAUUGUUUCAAAAUCUACAGGGUAUAA